CGAGUGGUAAUCUCGUGUAAUAAAACCGUAUUGUAUUUAUAAAGUAAAUAACGGUUCAUGAGAAAAGCUAAAUAUAGCGCUAUAACAAUAAAGAGAAUAAAGUGAAUUGUCAGAGUGUACCUGAUAGCAACAUGGAGAAAAAGUAUCUGCAUUUAAUAACUUUUUUGUGUAUCUUCACACUGACCGUCUGUGAGUCAAUACGUACACCGGUGGUAUCAACAGAACGAAAAUUUCCAGGCGACUUCAUUUGGGGUAUCGGUACGUCCUCGUAUCAAAUUGAGGGUGGUUGGAAUGCAUCUGGUAAAGGAGAAUCAAUAUGGGAUCGUCUAACACACACUCACCCGGAAAAAAUUGCUGAUCGGACAAAUGGGGAUAUUGCGUCUGACAGUUAUCAUCAGUGGCGUCGCGAUGUACAAAUGGUGCGUGACUUAAACGUAAGUGUGUACCGAUUUUCGAUAGCGUGGACCCGCAUAAUGCCCGGAGGCUAUAUGAAUGAUGUGAAUAGUGAAGGCAUACGCUACUACAAUGACCUAAUUAACGAGCUUCUGCACUAUAAUAUCACACCAAUGGUCACAACCUAUCACUGGGAUCUACCACAACGUUUACAAGAAUUGGGUGGUUGGACCAAUCCCGAAAUUAUACCUGUAUAUAACGAUUAUGCGCGUUUAUUGUUCGAGAAUUUUGGUGAUCGUGUUAAAAUUUGGACAACAUUUAAUGAACCUACCAAUGUAUGUGAAGCGGGUUAUGGUACGGAUGUUGUGCCACCCUCAUAUGAUUAUCCUGGAAUUCCGAACUAUCUCUGUGCACACAAUAUUCUGAAGGCACAUGCCGAAGUAGUGCAUAUGUACCGUGAGAACUAUCAGGAACUACAGAAGGGUAAAAUCGGUAUUACUUUGCACACAGAGUGGAUGGAACCAAAAACCGAUUCGGUUACUGAUCGUGAAGCGGCUGAGUAUGCUAUGCAAUUCCAUUUGGGCUGGUUUGCACAUCCAAUAUAUUCGAAACUUGGCAACUAUCCGCAAGUUAUGGUCGAGCGCAUUGGCAAUUUGAGCAAAGAACAGGGUUUCACUCGUUCACGUUUGCCGGAAUUCACAGAUGAAGAAGUAAUUCGUAUACGCGGAACUGCGGAUUUCUUUGGUCUCAAUUCGUACACAACUUACCUAGUGAGACCAAACGAUCAAAACAAUACUUUAAAUUAUCCAAUCCCAUCAUAUAAUCACGAUAAGGGCGUUAUACAGGAACAAGAUCCGAGCUGGACCGGUUCGAGUAUAUCGUGGUUGAAGGUCGUUCCUAAAGGCAUGUACAAUUUAACCAUGUGGAUCAUGCGAGAAUAUGAUAAUCCUCCUGUAAUUGUGACUGAAAAUGGCAUAGGCGACCAAGGCGGUCUUGAAGAUUAUUCACGCGUUGAUCAUCUGAACUCUUAUCUAUCCGCCAUUUUGGAUGCCAUUGAGGAUGGUGCGAAUGUACAGGGCUACGUUCCUUGGUGCUUGAUGGACAACUUUGAGUGGAUAUCUGGAUAUACAGCGAAAUUCGGUCUCUACCACGUUGACUUCAAUCAUCCGAACCGUACACGUACGCCAAAGAUCUCUGCCAAGGUCUAUGCGCAAAUUUGCAAGACUAACACGAUCGAUUGGAGUUAUCGGCCAACAUUAGAUGAAUCCCAAAUUAAUGCGAUGACACAGCAAUCCGAAGUUGGGGGCGUUAGCGAUUCUACAUCGAGUGCGAGUACUAUAUACAACACAUUAAUCGGUCGAGGUUGGCAUAGCAUAACGUUACUCUUCUUAAUUGUAAAUUACUUAUUACGAAUAUAAGUUUUCAUCAUCGUAGUUAAUGUGGUCUUAAGGUAUGCUUUGUAAAUAUGCAUGUGGAUAGUAUUUUAUUCUUUAUUAUAUUAUGUA